AAUUAUGAAUACUCUGCAGUCUAAUUUAUAUUGUGCCACUUGAAAUAAUUCCGUUUUCGCUGCUACCUUAACUCUGCUAUGGAGAGCGUCCUUCAUUAUAAAAAGGAAUUGUUUUAAUGAGAAGUUUCUCAACUAAUACUUUGUAUACGAAGUAAAGUAUAAGAGAACUUUAAAGAAAUCGGAAUGACAAAACGAGUCUUGCAAAAGCCUGCGUGGAAAGAGGCAUUGGGAGCCUCAAUGAGAUCGAAAAGGCUUAAGUUAAUGCCUGAUAAAGAUAACCGCUUUUGUUGUCCUGUGGCUGAUUGUGACAGCGAGUCGUAUGGAAGUAAAAGAGGGUGUAGAAAACAUGUCUAUAACCGUCAUGGAUGGUUUUAUUAUUUCGAUAAAAGACCGAAUAUCGACGAAGUACUUCCCCACUUCAGUACGAGAAAUCGCAUAAAAGAUCCCCAAAGAAAGCGCGCCUCCACAUUUUCAAUGCCGUCUUUUGCUAAAACAUGUAAUUUGGCAGUUGCAUUUAGGACAUGGUUAAAAAGUCCAGGUGGUGGUGGUAAAGAUCAUUCUCAGGCCGAUCAAAUAACUUGUAAAGUUUUAAAGUAUGCCAAAUAUUGCUGCGAGGAUUCUCCUUCGGUAUGGGAAGUACCAUUCCCUGUUAUCGACUACUGUGUUGGCUCUAUUAAUAUGCUUUCUGAUUUCGUAGAUUUUUUGAGAGACCAAUGGAAGGUUGGCUUCUCAGGAAUAAUUGGCUACAUGAAUGCUAUUGGGCACAUGCUUGAUUACAGACGAAGCACAGAUGUACUCACACUAAUAAACGAAUACAUUGACAAUGUACGACGAAGAUUGAACCCCACCAACGAUUAUCUACUAGUGUGUCGAAAUGGUAAGCAGUUGACGCGUAUUUCGGACGUAUUCGGUAGAAUUGUUUAUCAAGCAAUUGGUAAGUAUAUAAAUCCUACACGAUAUAGGCAAAUCAUCGAAACCGAAAGUGUUGCACACUUAGAAACAAAAGAACAAGCAAUUCUUUCUCAAGAUCAAAAACACACGUCGCAGGUAGCUAAAGUUCAUUACCAGAAGACUGAAUCGCGCAAUAUAGCUGCAAAAGCCAGGUUAUGUAUGGAUAAAUUACGAGAUCAAACAACGUGUACUUUAACUGUAAGCGAAAUCAAUAGUAACACCAAAAAUGUGAAAACGUCUGGAAGUACUUUGGAACACGAAACACCUGUUCAAACGAGACAGAAAAAAGUUAGUUUUAGUGCCAUGGAGGACAAGUUUUUACAAGCUGGGCUACAAAAAUAUGGCAAUGCAAAAUGGACUUCCAUUCUCGCAGAUCCUAACUACUCCUUUCAUUGUAGCCGUAAAGCUAGUACAUUGGCGGUUAGAGCGAAGACAAAACAAUUUAUAUAAGUUUAAAUUGUAUUUAUAAUAAAAAUAACUUUGUAAAUUUACAAAGAUUUUUGAAAACCAGAAUA